GUGUAUGUGUGUGUGUGUGAUAGAAUAACAGUGGCAACGGCACCAACGACGUCAAAAUAGUGAAACUUAAAGGCCAAGAAAAGAAAUAAGAGCCCAAAAUACAUAACAACAAAGAAGCAGCGUCAGCGUCUUAUUGUUGUUGUUGUUGUUGUCGUCGUCGUCUCUGUUUGGACGCGAGGUGGAGUUGUUCUAUGUUGUUUUUUCUAUAGUUGGUGAACCUCGUGUACCUGGAGCAGUUUUGUUUACUGUACUCGCGUGUUUCGUUCGCACUGCAAACCCCAGUUACAAACUGCACUAAUAUUAGUUAGCAAUUAACCUAAAGACAUUGGCUGCGCUAAACUAAAAGAAAACACAGCAAAAUGUACAUUUAUCAAAACGGCGAAUCGUGAUAAGAAUCAAACAAAAACUGAAGCUACAAAGCAAUACCAAUAUUAGUUUAAUCACAAAUCUCAACUGCAAAUAAUCAAGUGUAAACUUGAAUAAGCGUAGCAAAAAUGACAAUAACAUAUACAGGAGAAGUGGCCACUUGUCGGGGCUUUGGCUGUUUUCUCAAACUAUUACUCAGAUGGCGCGGCAGUAUUUACAAAUUAGUUUGGCUGGAUCUGUUGGCCUUUCUUUCAUUAUAUUAUCUGCUCAAUCUGGUCUAUCGCUUUGCGCUCAAUCCAGCACAGAAAGAAACAUUUGAGGCCAUUGUGGCUUAUUGCAACAGUUAUCGUGAUCUCAUACCGCUGUCCUUCGUGUUGGGUUUCUAUGUGUCGAUUGUGAUGACAAGGUGGUGGAAUCAGUACACUUCAAUACCCUGGCCGGAUCCGAUUGCCGUCUUCGUUAGCUCUAAUGUGCAUGGACAGGAUGAGCGUGGUCGCGUCAUGCGUCGCACAAUUAUGCGCUAUGUGUGCUUGUGCCUCACAAUGGUGUUGUCAAAUGUAUCGCCGCGCGUUAAGAAACGCUUCCCGGGCCUUAACAAUCUGGUUGAGGCGGGCCUGCUCAACGAGAAUGAACGUACAAUCAUUGAGGCAAUGAACAAAUCGUUUCCACGCCCCUCCAAGCACUGGCUUCCCAUUGUCUGGGCAGCCAGCAUCAUAACGCGGGCCAGAAAGGAGGGUCGCAUCAGGGAUGACUUCGCAGUGAAAACCAUAAUUGAUGAACUAAAUAAGUUUCGAGGACAAUGUGGACUACUUAUAAGUUAUGACACGAUCAGUAUUCCCCUGGUCUACACACAGGUGGUCACCUUGGCUGUCUAUUCCUAUUUCUUGACCUGUUGCAUGGGUCAGCAGUGGGUGGAUGGGAAGGUCGUCGGCACCAGUAGCUAUCUGAACAAAGUGGAUUUAUAUUUUCCCGUAUUUACCACGCUGCAGUUCUUUUUCUAUAUGGGCUGGCUCAAGGUGGCCGAGUCUCUGAUCAAUCCCUUUGGCGAGGACGAUGAUGAUUUUGAGGUUAACUGGAUGGUGGAUCGCAAUCUGCAAGUAUCCUAUCUAAUUGUAGAUGAAAUGCAUCACGAUCAUCCGGAGUUGCUGAAGGAUCAAUAUUGGGACGAGGUGUUCCCCAAUGAACUACCCUACACAAUAGCUGCAGAACGGUUUCGAGAGAAUCAUCCGGAGCCUUCCACUGCCAAAAUCGAAGUACCCAAGAGUGCGGCAAUGCCCUCAACAUUGUCGUCCGUACGAAUUGAUGAAAUGGUUGGUAAUAAUAACGGACCAGGGCCCCCAGGGUCGAAGCAGUCUGCCGCUGAGCAGGCGCAAAGCGCACCCAUGCAGACAGUUACUUAUGACCUUUCCAAGGCUGCGCCAGAUGAGGAGGCCGACGACGCCAGUGGUAUUCAUUUCUCAGCUGGCAAUGGCAAAUCGCGUUUGGGUCUCGGCUCGUCGCCCAGUUUGGGUAACGUGUCGGGUACCUUGUCUCGGGUGAACACUGUGGCAUCCGCCCUGAAGCGUUUGCUAAGUCGCGAUGACAGUCGACCAAACUCUGCCACGCCAAUCGAUGAUCCUGGCAAAUAUCGUUUCCCCACUAGCGCCAGUUCGGCCAGCUUGAGUGGCGCCGUCGCCAGCGCAACUGCUGUGAAACCAGCUGGAAGUAUGCGCAUUACUGAUCAGGUCAUUGAGGAGGUGGACGAACAGGUGACCAUCACAUCGACGCGAGCCAACGAUCCGCGGCCCAAUGUGAAGGACAUAUUUGGACAGCCGCAGUCAGUGCCACUACAGCCACCGCCACCAACAGGAGCAACUGCAGCAGCAGGGGCAGCAGGAGCAACAGCACCAGGUCGCUCCCAACCCAUGGAUAUACCGCAGCGUACGCCACCAUAUGAGCGUGCCCAUUCACAGCAUGAUCCACACCCAUCGCUAUUCCCGCCCGGUGGUGUUGAGGCUUUGUUGAGCACCUCGGCACCGGCUGAUAGUACCUCGCUACUGUCGGCUGCAACGGCUCCCUCAUCGCCGGUGGGUGACAGCACCAAGUCGUUGUUUGACCAACCGAAGGCCGCUAGCCGUGACACGGCCCUUGAGAGACCUGAUGCACAGCAGCUGUUUAGGUGGUUCUUAACGCCCGUCGAAAACUUGGACAUUAAGACAUCAAGCGAUGCGCUGGCACCCAGCACAGCUGCCGAGCCGGUGCCAGAUACCAACGAUGACUUCGAUAAGUUAAAGGCCGCCCGUGAAAAGGAGAAACUGAUGCGCCAACAGAUAAACUUGGCGCGCACCAUCAGCACGGCGCCGGGCGUGGAUGCCUCUGGAACUGUGCCGCUGGUGCCUGUUGUGCCGGUGACGGUAGCUGUGGGAUCAAAUGCACCGCCACCACUGACAUCAAAUAAUUCCAGCGCCGAUUUACUUGCUGGCAGCGAUCCAGUGAAAAGUUCCACCAUCAAUUCUGAGGAUGCCACAACUGGAAGUUGAACUGGCGUUUAGUAUUUAGACGUACUUUUGUAUUCAGGCAUCUUUUCAAAUACCAAUUAAUUUAAUUUAGCGUUAGUGUGUUAGUUAAUUUAUGUUAGCUACUAAACAGAAUAACGCCUUAACAUGCUUAGAGUGACACAAACCGAUUAAGAAUGCUCAUUGAGUUAGAAUGGACCUUCGUAUUUAAUUCUGUUUAAAUACCAAUUAUUUAACAUUAAGUCAAAAGUGAUUUGAAUCUUUACAAUAAUAUAAGUAUUUCCUAAUGGCCAACAGCAAUGUGUUUCAAUUACAAUUUCAAAUAUUCUGGGCCACUAAGUAUAUAUAAAUAAAUAAUACUCCUCGAUCCUGGAGUCAAAUA